AUGCCAAUCACACAAAGUGGGAGCCAAUCUAGCACAAUUGAACGCCAAACAGCGGCCAAACAGGGUAUAUUGGUGAUUGCAACACCUUAUGCUAGUGGAUUUGAUCACUUCUUCAUUGCAGAUGAAGUGCAGUUUAAAUUUGAUAGGUGUCUUCGCGUUCUACAGGAAACAGUACAAGAUCUUCCAACUUUUGGCAUUGGGCACUCUCUGGGAUCUGUCAUUCACCUCUUGAUCGGCUCUAGGUAUGCUGUUCAAAGAAAUGGGAAUAUAUUGAUGGCAUUCAACAACAAGGUACUUAGACUGCCUAAUUUCUGA